GAGAGCAGGCGGGCGCUGGGGCGACUGGGAGAGUUGCGCGGCGUGCGCGGGCACGAGCGUAGUGGCCUCCCCCGAGGCUGAGGCGGCGGCGGGCGCGCGCGGCGGCGGCGGCGGGCGCGAGGCGCGGGCUGUUGUGCUCUCCUCUUUCCCAUCCUUGGCGGGUGGAGGAGGCCGAAGCGGUGCUGGGCGCUCUCCCCCUUCCUCUCCCUGCGGCCACCUCCCCCGGCCCUCUCGCGCUGCGCGGUCUCUCCGACGCAAGACUGUCCCGGCCCGGAUAUGGCUCGUGGACAGCAGAAGAUUCAGUCUCAGCAGAAAAAUGCCAAAAAGCAAGCUGGACAAAAGAAGAAACAAGGACAUGACCAAAAGGCUGCUGCCAAAGCUGCCUUAAUAUAUACCUGCACUGUUUGUAGGACACAAAUGCCAGACCCUAAGACCUUCAAGCAGCACUUUGAAAGCAAGCAUCCUAAGACUCCACUUCCUCCAGAAUUGGCUGAUGUUCAGGCAUAAAGUUGUUUACAGGUGAAUUCAUGACACCUUUGACUCUUCUACUGUCUCAGACCUUAGGUAACAAACCUGCAGCUGCUUUUCUAACAAACUGUUGAUCAGCAAAAAUAAAGGGGCUACAGAAACACUCAUUUUUAUGCUGUUCCCUUUUGGGCUUCAUGCAAAGACAAUUCUGUGUAAAUGUACAGUUGACUCUGAUUUGGAAAUCUGAAAAUCAGUCCAUCCUUGUUAUAAAAAAUUUUUUUACAAUUGUAAUUAUAUUGAUGUUCAUAUUGUGUAAAAUAACUCAUUUAAUAAAGUAGUACUUUGAUUUUACAACAUCA